AAUCAUCGUCAUCGCUCGGCCUGUUGCCUCUGCCUAUCUAAUCAUUCUUGCAAAGUUUUCUAGACUAUUUUUUAGAAUUAGAAUUGGACUUAGAGCUUCUCUCUUGGAAAAUAAUUUCUCUACUUAAUAUAUUACUAUUCUUGUAAAAUAUGGUUCCUUGUCUUCAUAUUUUGCCUUGCAGUUUAUUACUGCAAUUCUGAUAGGAGCAAAGAAAGAAUUACUCCUUACAAUCUAUCUUGAAAUUUCAGAAGCAGCAGCAAGAAGCAUCACAUAGAGAGGCAGCUGCUGCGAAGAGAAUUCAGGAUCUUAUGCAUCAAUUUCCAUAAAUAUUUUGACGUUUUCUUUGGCGAUGGCGGAUUCGUUAGCAAACCCCUCGGUUGUGGAGGCAAAUGGAAUUGACGAAGCAUUACCGGAUUUGUUGAAGAACACGCCGUCUAACAUUGCGAGAUUGGAGGAUGUGAUAGAGCAUUGUAAGGGUCGUCAGAUGUAUCUUGCGCAGACAAGGAGUCCUUCAGAUGGGGGUGAUGUCCGCUGGUACUUUUCCGAUGUUCCUUUGGCUGAAAAUGAGUUAGCGGCCUCAUUUCCUCGAACUGAGAUAGUGGGAAAGAGUGACUAUUUUCGUUUUGGGAUGAGGGAUUCUCUUGCAAUAGAGGCAUCUUUCUUGCAGAUAGAAGAAGAGUUGCUGUCUAUUUGGUGGAAAGAGUAUGCUGAAUGCAGUGAAGGUCCAAGAGCAUCGAGUAGUUUUGGAAAGAAGUUGGACAUGGUAGAGGAUUUAUCUUCUUCAAAGGGUUCUCAAUCAGCCCAACUAUAUACAUUUGAAGAAGAGAGGGUUGGUGUCCCUGUAAAGGGAGGGCUCUAUGAGGUGGAUUUAGUUAAGAGACACUGUUUCCCCGUAUACUGGAAUGGAGAAACUCGGCGUGUCCUAAGGGGUCACUGGUUUGCUCGAAAAGGGGGCAUGGAUUGGCUUCCACUCCGUGAAGAUGUAGCUGAACAAUUAGAGAUUGCAUAUCGCAGCCAGGUUUGGCAUCGAAGAAAAUUUCAACCAUCGGGACUUUUUGCAGCUAGAGUUGAUUUGCAAGGCUCUACCCCAGGACUUCAUGCACUUUUUACUGGAGAAGAUGAUACUUGGGAGGCAUGGCUCAAUGUUGAUGCUUCUGGUUUUUCUGGUGUUAUUAGUUUCAGUCGAAAUGGAAUCAAGUUAAGACGUGGUUACUCUGCUUCUCAAUCCCCCAAACCAACCCAGGAUGAAUUACGUCAAAGAAAAGAGGAACAGAUGGACGAUUAUUGUUCUCAGGUUCCUGUUCGACACUUGGUCUUUAUGGUCCAUGGUAUUGGUCAGAGGUUGGAGAAAUCUAAUUUGGUUGAUGAUGUUGGCAACUUUCGCCAUAUCACAGCAAGCCUUGCUGAGCGACACCUGACUUCACAUCAACGACGCAAACAGAGAGUCCUUUUCAUCCCAUGUCAGUGGAGAAAAGGCUUGAAGCUCAGUGGGGAAGCUGCAGUUGACAAAAUCACCCUAGAUGGUGUGCGGGGUUUGCGAGUUAUGCUGAGCGCUACUGCUCAUGAUGUGUUAUACUACAUGAGUCCUAUUUACUGUCAGAGCAUUAUUGACUCGGUUUCAAACCAAUUAAAUAGGCUGUAUUUAAAGUUUCUUAAACGGAAUCCUGGUUAUGAUGGAAAGGUUUCAAUAUAUGGUCAUUCUUUGGGAAGCGUCCUCUCAUACGACAUCCUAUGCCAUCAAGAAAAUCUCUCCUCCCUUUUUCCAAUGCAGUGUCUGUAUGAGAAAGACUCAAAAGAUCUAGAAUGUUCUCCUGAUAUGAUUGACCAGUCUUUUGAAUGCAGUUCUUUGGCUAAUAUAGAGAAAAAUGACUCAACUAUGAAGACAAAGGACAUAGUCGAUUGCCUUGGGGAAGAAAUUCUACUUCCAAAUCCAUCAGUAAUAGAAGGACAUGUUGAAGACAAAUCCUCAGUGUCAACUAAAUUUGAUGUAGCAGCUGAGGACCCUAUGCAGAAAAGUUGCAGGGAGGACGUGCAUCAAUCACUUAAUGAUUUUAGUGGAGCCCCUUGGCUGGAGGAGAGUGGGUCUGGGGAAACUACAGAAGUAGACUUUGUUGUCUCAGACGGUUGUUGGGAGAAAGCUACUGAGGAAGAGAGCGAAGAAGCCAGAGAUAGGGAUAAAACAAUCAAAAUGCUUAAAGAGGAGAUCGAUUCCCUAAAAGCAAGAAUUGCAGAGCUGGAAUCAAAUAACUCUGAGGAUAUAGGUGAAAAUAAGGAGAUGCUUAUGCAAAAACCACCUAUGUUGCAGAAGUUUGAUCAAAAGCUGCCACUGAAGCUAGAGGAUGCAACAAAGAGCUAUACCCCCUAUAUUAGAUACACAAAGCUUGAAUUCAAGGUCGACACAUUCUUUGCAGUGGGAUCACCUUUGGGAGUGUUCCUUGCCCUUCGCAAUAUCCGUAUUGGACUUGGCAAAGGGCAAGAUUAUUGGGAUGAGGAGAACAUAUCUGAAGAGAUGCCAGCUUGUCGUCAAAUGUUCAACAUUUUCCAUCCAUUUGAUCCUGUAGCAUAUAGAGUAGAACCACUUGUUUGUAAAGAAUACAUCACUAAACGUCCUGUCAUUAUCCCUUAUCAUAAAGGUGGAAAAAGGCUGCAUAUUGGGUUUCAAGAAUUUACUGAACGUUUAGCUGCUCGUUCUCAUGUAGUAAUGGAUCAUUUCAGUACUGUAAGGGCAAAAGUGCUCACAGCAUGCCAAUCAAGAGACACUGACAACCUAGAAGGAGAAGAGAAUGUAGAAGAAAAAGAAGAGACGUCAUAUGGUUCUCUAAUGAUUGAGAGGUUAACUGGAAGUGAAGGACGGAUAGAUCAUGUACUUCAGGAUAAAACUUUUGAACAUCCAUAUCUACAAGCUAUUGGGUCACAUACGUGCCUUUUCUCCUGGCAUUCUGACAAGACUAUAUACAUCUUCUACGCUCAAACCUAGGUUACCAGCCUUUCGAAUUUCAGUGCAAACAGCCUUGGUGAUCUCAGGGUCAAAAUGACUGGCUUAUCCUUCAUUGAAGGUUUUGACAACAAAUGCUCAGCAUAACUAGCCAUAGCUUCCCAAGGUGACUCACCAGACUUCGGUGCUAUGGUGUCAUUAUUUUUAGACUAUUCAGGAUGUUUUUCACAUUUUGUGCUAUCUAAAAUCUGCCAGAGGAAUGGAUCUUUUUUCUCCAAGCAUGGUCACCUCCUGAUAGAGGCCUUGAUAGAUGCAAAUUGGGUUGGAUCUCUGGAUGAUAGGAGAUCUACCUCUAGAUAUUGCAGAUUUGUGGGAGGAAACCUAGUCACUUUGAAGCAAGAAGUGUAGUUGCUCGAUCAAGUGCAAAAGCAGAAUAUAGGUCUAUCACUCAGAGUCUUUAAGCUUUUGUGGUUAGGAAAAGUAUUGGAAGAAAUAAAAUUGUCAAAAGAAGACAGAUUAUCUUUGUAUUGUGACAACAAGGUUGUCAUCAGCAUAACCCAAAAUCCAGUGCAACAUUAUUGAACCAAACACAUUGAGAUUGAUCGUCACUUCAUCAAAGAAAGGUUAACUACUGGUUCUUGAGCUUAUUUCUUUUGACAUCUAACAAGCAGGUAAUUGAUGUCUUCACCAAAGGUCUUAGCAAUAAGAUAUACCAUAUUUUGGUCCGGAAAUCUGACGUGUGAUAACUAUGCCCCAACUUGAGGGGGAGUGUUGACUUAUUGACAACUAAUAAUUGUGAUAAUUGAUAGUGUAUAGCUGAUUUCUAAGAAUUUAGUUUCUUCAAUUAGUUUAUGUUUAGGGAUUUAAUUUCCUUCUUUCAAUUUUGUGUAUAUAAAUACCUAUGUAUUUUUUCUCAUUGAAUUAUCAACAACAGUGGAAGUUUUUUCA